GCUGCUUGGAGAGAUAAAUAGAUUCCCUUCUCGCAGUCAGGAUUCUGCAGCUGACCAUCAUAACCCUAAAGUUUGUGUGCGUGGAUGAUGUUUUGAUUUGUUCCUGGGAAUUAAUGCUCAUUGCUUAAAAGUGAUUUGUGCAGGAAGAAAGACAAGAAGACACUUUCUAAAAUGUGGGACAAAAGAAAAGUUGUGCUUGCCGGCAUUAUUUUCACAGCACUGUAUCUCAAUGUGACUGCUAAAGUGCUGGACAUGGCAACGGAUGCUGUAGAUGACCUGUACAGAGGAUGUCGUGACAAGGCUCUGGAGAAGGUCGUGAGAUCAGGCCUGUUGCAAGAAGAGCUAAACAAAAGUGAAACAUUCCGGAAUGCAUGGUCUACAAACGCUCAGUGCACAAAGUUGAUCCCUGGAGGAGUAAAAGAACACACUGCUGCACUGUGGGCAUACGUUAACGGCAACAGAGAGUUCAGAAAGCUUUUUAACAAUGAAGUAGAGACAACUGCAGUAAACGUUAGCACCUAUCACACCAACUUUCACUUCAAGUCUCUUCACUUUCUACUGACAGAUUCCAUCAACCUGCUGCAAACAGAUGAAUGCAGCACCGUGUACCGCGCGGUGGACUACAAAUACACAAUGCAGAAAGGCUCAACAGUCAGAUUUGGAAGAUUUACCAUAGGUCGUUUAAACUACGAAGAACUUUUGGAGGAAGAAGACAUAGGUGGGGUUGGAGGGGUUCUUUUCAACAUUACAACCUGCUUCUCUGUCAAACUUGACGUUUGCAAACCCAAAGAUGACCAUGUGCUCAUAUCGCCGUCUGAAGUGUUCAGAGUGGAUGACAUAAAAAACAUCAACAAUGAAUACGAUGAGAUUGUCCUGAUGCAUUCAACGCUCCUCAGCAACCGCAACUGUUACAUUUUUUCAAGAUCGCCGGCUGAUUCUCCCUUCCAGUGGUUUGUUGUGAUGUUUGUGUUUUUAUUUAUUUUAUUGUCUGACUGAGCAAAAACAAUUAGUACUUCAUUCACAUGAGUUACCAUUAAAGACUAAACUGUUUUGUGACAUUUAAAACCGAACAUAACACCAUGAAACUGUUGCAUUUGAUGAUUAUCAUGGAAUAAGAAUUAUGACAGGACACUCAUAAUUCUGCCAAAUAUCACAUUAAAGAGUUUCUGAGCCAGUUGUCUUUUGAUAAGUCAGGGAGUGGAUAAGUGAACAUUUUCAAGUCACUGAAUGUGUCAUGUUUUGACUUCAUUUACAUCAGUUAUUACAAAAUACUAACAGUACGGUUCUGUAUGAUGAAUCUGUCUGGGGUCACGAGUUCUCAAACAUUAACAGAAUGAUACAGCGUCACGGUGGAGUGAUAUGAAGAAGGACUUAAAAAAAAGACAAGACAUUUCAGAUCCAGUUUGCCAGAAGGCACAUGGGCGACUCAAGCUGCGAUUUCAGCUAUUUUCAUGUUUUAAAAUCCUUCUCUGUGAAUCCCACCAUCAAGCUGAAAACUUGAUGCAGCAAGAAAAUUUUGCAUCAUUCUCAGUUGCUCCAAUUACAGCCAAAGAUGUCUAUAACUCCUUGAGUUAUGAGCUCGUGUCCUUCUUGCUCACUUGGUCAGUUUUUGAGACUCGCCUACUACAGACUGUUUUAACUUGGAAAAUGUAUGGAAAUGUUCAUGUAUCCAUCGAAAGACGCCCCGUCACACUUAGCAAGAAUUAAUCAAGCUGAAUCAGGCGGAAAGUAAAAAAACAAGCAAAAUUCGUGUCACAUCUGGGAGGGAAUAAGAAUUGCAGAAGACAGCCAAGAUGCCAUGUGCAUUAGCCUCUGAACGCAGUACAAAUGUAGGUGGAGCACAUUAGGGUUACCUAGACAGCUGUCAGAAUGCAGUGAGAAUAUGAUGAAUACACAUACAAUUCUGUACAACUGAGGUCCGAUUGCGGGUCGAAGAAAUAUAUUCCAGCAGCACUCGACAUUUGGCCAGGAUUCAGAGUGGUGGAUCAUUUCAAACUGCCCCUCGAACGCGAUCAGAAGGUUUCGAAUGCCGGUUUCAUGCCGUACGAAUAUUUAGAAAGCAGUCAGAUUGCGGUCAGACUGCACUUUGAUCACUGUUCAAUAUUUUUCCACCUCGAAUGCAACAGUUGAGUGCAUGUGCUCUACAUUCGGGCUGGCCGCAUGACUGUGCCCGACUAUUUAGACUGCUCUCUGAUUGCUGUCCGAUGUUUUUGAAUGCACCCCGGCUAGGAUUGCCACUUGCCCCUUAAAAUACAGAAUUGUCCUUUAUUUGACAAUUAAUUAUUGUGUCCCGUAUUGAUUGUAAAUUGUUCUGUAUUUUCAUAAAUGCCCCAAACACACUCACACACUCAUCAAAACUGUAUAAUGAACAAAAUAAAACAGGAAAUAUUAAGGGCUGCCAAUGGCAUCUCUGGAUUUACAGACAUGUAUGUCACUGGUGAGAUAGGUGAAUGUUGUAUUAACAACAAUCACAAGAUUUAGUUUGUCAAAUUACUUAUGGGUUCUGAAAAUGGAGAUAUGCAUAUAAAAGUAACUUUAAUAUGUAAAUGGUUAAUAUAGUAUUUUUGUAAAAUUCUUUGGUUUAAAGCUAGCAGUCUACACAACAAGGACAUGUUGAUAGUUUUAGUUCAUCACACAGUGUUUUGUGCACAGAGGAAACAUGACAAAAUGUUGUCUCUGUCCAAAUACUUAUGGACCUGACUGUAUAUAUACUGAAAUGUUUGCCCCAUCAACAGUCUUAUUUGAAAAUUUGGUUAAGUAUCAACAUUUAUUAAAGCUGUAUGGCCUUUCAAGUUUCACAAAACUGACAAAAUUUUGUUUCAACUGAAAUCCAUGCAUUAUAAUGGUUUAUUUUUAAAACGUGGAAAAAUUACAGCACAUUUUAAUGAUGAGAACAUAUUUACCUGGAGGGAAUUCCAGAACGAAUGGUUUCUUGUCCUUUUACUGCAGGAGGAAGUGCAUGUGCACAUGCAUGAGGUUUUGAAAUUACUGGAAGUUAACUUUGACCAUGUGUGAUGUGCGUACAUGGAGAGUGCACGCUAACGUCUGUAAGAUGUCUUGUAAAGCACUUCAGAGGUGUUAUUGGGUUGAAAAACAAAACAGUGUUUUUAGAUUUCGAAGUAUUUAUUUCUUAUUAAGUUUUACAAAAUAUUUGAGAAACUGAGUUAUACAGAAAGAAACUGUUUUGGAGUGUUUUCUGCCAUAUUGGAUUAUGCUAUCCAAGAGACCAGCCAGUUGACAUCACUGUGCCUCUGCACUCUGAUUGGCUGACUCCAUGUGCUUCCCUUGCGCAAGUGAGGGGAAGCCCCCCAAUUGCUAUCAUAGACUGUAUGGGUCACUACCAAACAUAGUUCAAGGCCAUUUGUUCUUUUUAAUUUUUUCCCCUUCAGAGGAACUAUUUAUUCAUUUUUUCUUGGCAACAUGAAUUUUGAUCAGAUUGGCAAUGUCACAUUAUUAAUCUCCAAUUUAAAGGCUUAUAAAUAAAAUUAGGAAAAAAAAAGAAAAUUCUUUGUAUGACUUAAAUCUUAAAAAUCCCAAAGGCUGUACACCUUUAAUGCAAUUUAAAUUGACGGUCAACCAUCAGCUUGACAGUGUCCAUGCACUAAUAACACAAAAUCUACUGUAGCAUAGGAAAACAU